CUCAUUUAAGCCUCUGACUUUGUACAUACAAAUGUACCGAUUCACAUGGUCGCAUAUUUUUUUAAAAAGUUAUGAAUUUGGGUAUCCCAGCCGGUGUUUUCUUCGGAAUAACGGCUCUCAUUCUAUUCCUCAAGUGCAUGGUGUGCAUGCGAAAGAAAGAAAAGGACGACAAGUCAUUAUCCACUCCUGCCAACGGUGUUUACGUUAUCGAUGUGUCCCAGGAAAAUGAUCUGACAAAAAAUGAUUAUUGCGACCCAAAUUCAGAUUUUGGUUUGAUAAAUGAUUACGACGAAUCUCUAUUUGAAGAUACUUUCUCUCGUGAGGAACGCGACGCCUAUGUCGAAAUGGCUACGGUCCCAGCACUCGCCGUGGUGGGAGACACCUUAACGGACCCGGACUGCUUUCUAGAUCUGUGUCAAUGUGUGGUAGAUAUAUGUGAAUUUCUUAAUUAAGUACUAUGGAAAUAUACAUAAAUCUCAUCCUAUACAAAAAAUAUUUUACGUACUUGUGUAUGUAUAUAAGUAAAUAUAUUUGUAUAUUAAAAUCUUGAAGUGGCACUUUGGAAUUGUCCGAUCUCAUGUCCAUACUAUAUGUAUACAUAUGUAUGCAUAUAUUGUAAAUAGUUCACUAUCGUAAAUCGUGUUAGAAAAUUAAAUACUUCUACAUCUACUGCUUACAUAAUUAUUUUAG